AGACCUUACCCACAAAAAAUUAUUUAGAAUCAUUUUCAAUUUCAAAGGACAACUUAUCUUUGGAGCCAAAAUAUAGAAGUUGACCAAACUAAGCUUUGAAAUUAACGAUUUUACUAUGUUCCUCUUUAGUUUUUCAGUUUGGAACUUAUGUUUACAUUCAUGGUUGUAUAUGACUUGCCAUUCUUGGUUUUUCAUCCAAAUUUGGUUUCUUUUUGGUGUUCUUUUCCUAGUUACUUAAAGACAAACAGGUGAAGCUUCUUAUGCCAUGUCUUUGCUGUAUAUAUAAUCUUGUCCUAGCCAUCUCAAUUGGACACUAAAAAUGGCUGCUAGUGACACCCUUUUUCUUCUUCUUUCUGUCUCUCUACUGCUCUCUCUUUCCUUGGUUCAUGCGGACUUUAGUAUUGCUGCUGGAACUGAUGAUGGGUCUGAACAAUGGGGAUACGUUGAAGUUCGACCUCAGGCACACAUGUUUUGGUGGCUUUAUAGAAGUCCUAAUAGAGUUGAAGAUCCAUCUAACCCAUGGCCAAUACUUCUAUGGCUCCAAGGAGGACCAGGUGGCUCUGGAGUUGGGUUCGGAAAUUUCUUAGAAAUAGGACCAUUAGACGGGAAUUUGAAUCCCCGGAAUUCAACUUGGCUCCUCAAAGCUGAUCUCUUAUUUGUGGAUAACCCCGUUGGAACGGGUUUUAGCUAUGUGGAAGACGAGAAUUUGGCAGUUAAGACUGAUGAAGAAGCCGCAACUGAUCUAACUACAUUGUUGAAAGAACUCUUCAAUGGAAAUGAGAGCCUCCAAAAAAGUCCUCUCUUCAUUUUUGGAGAAUCAUAUGGUGGAAAAUUUGUUGUUACUCUUGCUGUUUCGGCUCUUAAAGCUAUUCAAGCAGGGGAACUAAAGCUUCAACUUGGAGGAGUUGCUUUGGGAAACAGUUGGAUUUCUCCUGAAGAUUUCGUGUUUUCAUGGGGACCUCUUCUUAAGGACGUGUCGCGGAUUGACAACAAUGGUUUGAAUGAAUCAAUCAGCUUAGCCCAAGUGAUCCAGCAGCAGCUUGCGGAAGGGAAGUAUGAAGAUGCUACAAACACAUGGUCGGAUCUUGAGGGUGUGGUUUUGGACAGCAGUAACAAUGUGGUAUCUCUCUCUCUCUUUAUGUGUGUGUGUGUGUGUGUGUGUGUGUGUGUGUGUGUAUCAAUGGCAGUCAGAAUAUUAGAUCAGUUGAGUGGAGUACUCGCAAUGUUGCAGAACUUCUAUAACUUCAUGUUGGAUUCUGGAACUGCAAUUGUGCAAUCAGAGGAACAGAAAGGACUAAUGGCAGAAAGGUAUUCAAAAUAUCUAAGCACCAAAAUGUUUUUGUCAUCCAUUAAUGGCGCACGGACUGGUGACUUUGCUAGCCUGAUGAAUGGACCUAUUAAAGAGAAGCUAAAGAUUAUUCCCAAUAAUGUAACAUGGGGAGGACAGGGUAACAUUGUUUUUCCGGCCAUGACUGGAGAUUUCAUGAAUCCAAGAAUCAAAGAGGUUGAUGAGCUCUUAGCCCAAGGCAUAAAUGUAACCGUAUACAGUGGACAGCUUGAUCUCAUCUGCGCAACAAAAGGAGCAGAAGCAUGGAUGAACAAACUCCAGUGGGAUGGUUUGAAAAAUUACUUGAGCUCAGACCGAACUCCUUUGUACUGUGGAGGAGAUGAUACAAUUACAAAAGGGUUUGUGAGUUCAUACAAAAACCUGUUCUUCUAUUGGAUUCUUGGUGCUGGCCACUUUGUUCCCGUAGAACAGCCCUGUGUUUCUCUACAGAUGGCCGGAAGCAUUACUCGAUCACCAAAUUCUUCACCAUAAAUUAUGAAGACAAAGAAGCACUGCAACAGACCACAAAGAGACACUCAUGAAGUUUUUUAAGUAAUAAUGCGAAUGUAAUGAAAAAAUCUCUCUAACUUGUAGAAGGCAAAAUGAGAAAUUCCGAAAAUUUAGAAUUUAUAUAUUUAUUGCAGAUUACUUUCUUCAGAUCAGAUAUGCCUUUGUCCUGAGACUGAAAACUAGUGAAGGAGGGGAAA